CUGACCGAUCUCCCCGGCGGGCAGCACUCUCUUUAAGCAGCGUGCAUAUGAACGGGAACAAUGAGACCACCCCGACGGCCGGACGACGAAGGAAAGCCCGAGACGACGAAGAGGAAGACUGGCCCGAGGACCGGAGUAAGUUUGAUAAAGGCCACGAAGAAACUCUAGUGCCUGGUUGUGGAAGGAUGGUAUGCCGAAGUUGCUGCUUGGAGGAUUCGAUGAGUAACACGACCACAUGCCGCGAUUGCUACAGCCAGCACUAAUUGGCUCAUGCAACGAUGGGCGUUGCUUUCAGCUACUUUCAAACCCACUGUUUUCAGUAACCUUGUCCUGGUAUCUCUUGUCCUGAAACGUUGUCGCUCUUUAUUGCUAUGCAAUGAAAU